AUGAUCCACCGCAAGGAGACUGUGGCGCUGGCCAACAUGAACGUCGUCAGCUCCAAGGACGUUACCCAGGCCGAGCAGGACAAGAUCCUGCGCGCCGCCGAGCUCGAGCUCGAUACGUCGAAGCUCGAGGCCGGCAAGACCGAGGGCAAGACCGAGGCCAGCACCGCCUCUGACGAGUGGACGCUGACCGAGUUUGCCACCACGCCCAAGGUCUCGACCUACCUCGUCGCCUGGGCCAACGGUCCGUUCGUCAGCAUCGAGAGCAGCUACACCAGCCCGCUCACCGGCAAGGUGAUCCCGAUGAAGGUCUACACCACGCCCGAGUACAUCCACCAGGCCCAGUACGCGCUCGACGUCAAGGUCAAGGUUCUGCCCGAGUACGAGCGCGUCUUUGACGUCGCCUACCCGCUGCCCAAGCUCGACACGCUCGUCGCCUCCGACUUUGACGCCGGCGCCAUGGAGAACUGGGGCCUCAUCACCGGUCGCACCUCGGUCUACCUCUACGACCCCGAGAAGUCGGGCCUGCAGGGCCAGAAGCGCACCGCCGGCGUCCAGUCGCACGAGGUGGCGCACCAGUGGUUCGGCAACAUUGCCACGCUCAACUGGUGGGACAACCUGUGGCUCAACGAGGCCUUUGCCACGCUCAUGGGCGAGGUCGUCAUCCUCGACCGCUGCUUCCCCGAGUGGGAGUCGGCGUCCGAGUUUAUCAACAUGCACCUCGACCGCGCCCUCGACCUCGACGGCAAGCGCUCCAGCCACCCGAUCGAGGUGCCGCUGCAGGGCGAGAACGUCGAGGACGCCAUCAACCAGGUCUUUGACGCCAUCUCGUACUCCAAGGGUGCCAGCGUGCUCCGCAUGCUGUCCAACAUGAUUGGCGAGGACGUCUUCCUCAAGGGCGUCUCGAUCUACCUCAAGAAGCACCUCUACUCGAACGCCGUGACCAAGGACCUCUGGGACGGCAUCAGCGAGUCCUCGGGCAAGGACAUUGCGUCGAUCAUGGCCAACUGGAUCCUCAAGCAGGGCUUCCCCGUCCUCAGCGUGACCGAGGAGGGCGACUCGCUCAAGAUCAAGCAGAACCGCUUCCUCUCGACCGGCGACCCGUCGGCCGACGAGGACCAGACGCUGUGGUACGUGCCGCUGAUGCUCAAGAAGGUGGGCGCUGACGGCAAGGUGACGACGGACCGCGAGCUGUACCUCAAGAGCGAGCGCGAGGUGACGGUGCCGCUGCAGGACGCGCAGAACGCCAACUACAAGCUCAACGCCGAGACGGUCGGCGUCUACCGCGUUGCCUACUCGCCCGAGCGCCUGGCCAAGCUGGGCGCCGAGGCGGCCAAGAGGGACGGCGCCUUUUCGCUCGAGGACCGGGUCGGCCUGGUCGGCGACGCCUUCACGCUGGCCAAGGCCGGCUACGGCAAGACGUCGGGCGGCCUGUCGCUGGCCAAGGCGCUGCGCGAGGACCCGAGCUACCUGGUCAACGCCGCCGUGUCGGGCCACCUUGCCUCGCUGGCCAGCGUGUGGUGGGAGCAGGACCAGGCGGUGCGCGACGCCAUUGACCGCUUCCGCGUCGACAUCUUUGGACCCACGGCCAAGAGGCUCGGGUUCGAGUUUGGCAAGGACGACUCGCCGGACCUCAAGCAGCUGCGCGCCGUGGCCAUCAGCGUUGCGGCGUCGGCGGGCGACGAGUGGACGCUGUCCGAGGUCAAGAAGCGCUUUGGUGCGCUGAUGGCCAACGGCGACGACAGCCAGAUCCACCCCGACCUGCUGCGCACCGUGUUUGCCCAGGCGGUCAAGCACGGCGGCGAGAAGGAGUACGAGACGGUGCUGGGCGUGUACCGCAAGCCCGAGACGCCCUCGCACAAGAUUGCGGCCAUGUUUGCGCUCUGCUUCACCCAGGACGAGGCGCUGCUGAAGCGGACAAUCGAGUUCCCCUUUAGCGGCGAGGUCAAGGAGCAGGACUUUAUGUACUUCUUCAGCGCCCUCUCUGCCAACCCCAAGGGGCGCCGGGCGAUGUGGGAGUCGACCAAGGCCAAGUACGACGAGCUGUCGAGGCGGUUCGCGGGCAACUUUUCGCUGUCGCGCCUGAUUGAGAGCUCGUUCAACGCGCUUUCGACCAACGAGGACGCCGACGACGUCGAGCGCUUCUUUAAGGGCAAGGACGUGAGCAAGUUUUCGAUGGGCCUCAGCCAGGGACUCGACGCGGUGCGUGCCAACGCCCGGUGGGUGCAGAGGGACGCCGAGGAUGUCAAGGCCUGGCUGCGCGAUAACCAAUACCUGGCCUAG